AUGAUGUUUGUUUUUUUCUUACUUUUCCAGCAUUUACAUUUAUUCGGCACCUUUUGUCCGCAGCCGGGUACAAAAGAAGCAGAUAAUACCAGCACUGCAAGCAGCAAUCUGCCACCUUUUCAAUAAUUCAUCCCAAAGAAUAGCUGAAAUAUUAGCUGCUCUCCGUCCAUGUGUUUCAUUUUUGUCAUCGUCCUCCAGUUAAAAAUAUCGCCUCCUGCAGGACAGGUUCUGAGGAAGAUAAAAGAGAACGUGUUCCGGGCACAGAACCAAAAGGCGAAGCAGCACCUGCUGCAGCUUUCGGUCACCAGGCACCAGCCCACGUACCGGGUCAAAGAAGGACGCAUCCACCAGCCGCUCGACCACUUUGACGGCCAGAGCACACAGACCAUUCCUCAGAGGUUUUUUGUCAAUGAGGAAUACUGGGGUCGUCCCAAUGGUCCGGUAUUCCUCUACAUUGGUGGAGAAGGUGCUAUCUCAGAGUUGUCCGUGCUCUAUGGCCAUCAUGUGCAGAUGGCAGAGGAGAAUGGAGCCCUGCUGGUGGCGCUAGAGCACAGAUUCUACGGGCAUAGCAUCAACCCCGACGGCCUGGACGUCGUGAACCUGAGGCACCUCUCCAGCCGUCAGGCUUUGGUGGACCUGGCGGCCUUCCACAGAUACAUCAGCGAACGCUAUGACCUGUCAUCACAGAACACCUGGAUCAGUUUUGGAGGCUCCUACGCUGGAGCUCUGUCUGCCUGGCUUUGUGGCAAGUUUCCUCACCUGGUCUAUGGUGCUGUGGCCUCCUCUGCCCCCGUCAAAGCCACGCUAGACUUCUCCAGCUACAACCAGGUAGUGGGUGAAAGUCUUACUAACGAAGCUGUUGGGGGCUCAGAUAAGUGCCUAGACACAGUAUGGGAGGCGUUUGCGGCUUUGGGAACAGCUCUCUUGGAGGGAAACGUGACAAAGGUGGGCAAAGACUUCAGCUGCUGUGAGCCGCCGGUGGAGCCGGAGGACCAGUCUGAGCUGGUUCAGAGCCUGGCCGACAUCUUCAUGGGAACUGUGCAGUACAAUGAAGAGGGAGGGCCGCUGACCAUCGCCCAGAUAUGUGACGUCCUGACCAAUAACAAUGAAGAGACUCGGCAGGGGGAGGGGCCCUACAGCAGGCUGGUCAACCUGGCAAUGAUCUAUCGCGCAGCAGUGGAGGAGCCCUGUUUGUUCAUCUCCCACAAGCAGACUGUUCUGGAGCUCCAGAACACCGACCUGAGGUCUUCCGGCUUCGGCUACCGCCAGUGGUACUACCAGACCUGCACAGAGUUCGGCUUCUUCGAGACCUGCGAGGAUGCCAGCUGUCCUUUUGCACGCAUGGUGACUCUGCAGUCCCAGAUGGAACUCUGCCCCCUGGUGUUCGGGAUACCUCAGGGCAGCCUACAGUCCCGGAUUGCUUUCACCAACCAAUUCUAUGGCGGCGAUCACCCCCAGACGCAGAGGGUGCUGUACGUCAAUGGUGACAUCGACCCAUGGCAUAAGCUCAGCGUGGUGCGCAACGGGACCAAGGAGGACAAAGACAGAGCCGUCCUCAUCGCGGGCGCUGCACACUGCGCUGACAUGAACUGCGCUGGGUCCCAGGACUCACCUGCCCUCAGAAAGGCCCGGCAGGAGAUAAAGAGGCACGUGACCCAGUGGCUGAAGAGCGCUGCAGCUCGGAGCGUGUGACACCGUGAAACUCCAGCAUACGCCGAGCCAGACAGCAAGCCUCUGCUCUCCACUCUCCUCGGAUCCUCAAUCCCAGCUUCUGCCUCGAGGUUUCCUGUGUGUAGGAGUCACACAGAGCCACUGCUUUUGAAAAUGCAACACUAAUCCUCCCACAAAACAGUAUGUGAAUAUGUGUGUGUAGUUGAGGGGGGGGGGUGGGUUGUAUAUAUUACAUUGUUAGGACCAAAUAUCUUCACGGUGUGAUGAAAACCUGUUAUUUUGACAUUGUGGGGACCGUUUUUUUUAUAAAAAUCUGUGACUGUAAUCACCAAAAAUGCCAAAAGUCUUGUAUUUAGUUUGGUUAGUUAUGGUUAAGGUUAGGGCUGGGUAGGGGUUAAGGGUUUUACCCAUAGAGAUUAAUGGACGGUGCCCACAAAGAUACAGAUGCUUAAUCUGUUUGUGUGUGGGUGACUAUUUGGACAUUUUGCGCAGUCCAUAAAAUUAAACUGCUAACAGAAGGUUUUCUCAGUGCCGGCAGCAGGUGACUUCCCAGCACAAUUAAGAAUCUCCUGAAGGAUAAGCUGUUGGUCCUUGCAAACCCUGUUUUCACCCAUAUUACAUCAUUUCCUGUAUAGUAACUAUGACAAACUGAAGGCUGUAUUCCAUCUGUGUUGCAAAGGAUGCUUGUGACUGCGUUCAUACGCUUCUUAAAUAUUACAGUAGCAUGUAAUAAUGUGAAAAGAGAGGGACUGUGGUCCACAACACCAAACCCUAACACA